GCCUCCAGCCCAGCCCUCACCACCGAUCUCAGGCGGCUGCGCCAGGCCAAGCGGCUCCAGGCCAGGCUGGAGCUGCAGAGUAGCAGGGUCAUUCUUCCAAGGUAAUGAUUAAGCUGAGUGCCUGGCAAGGGCACCAGCUGAGGAACCAGGAAGGUGAGCCCUAUUCACACCUCGGCUGGGCUGCAGUGGCCAGGACUGGUUUGGAAAGGCAGGGCCCCAGUCGGGGGGGGCCCAAGCUGGCAGCCACAGCCUCCUGCCUGCUCACGGUUGUCCGGGAGCAUCCCAGGGCCAGAGCCUCUGCAACCUGCCCUGCUGGGACUCUACCUUCAGCCCCAUCACCAUGAAGCUCCAGGGGUUCUGGACUGGGCUGGAAUACACCUGCCGGCUGCUGGGCAUCACCACUGCUGCAGUGUUGAUCGGCGUGGGAACUGAGACCUUCCUCCAGGGGCAAUUCAAAAGCCUGGCUUUCUAUCUGCUGUUUACAGGAGCCGCUGUCUCUGUAUGCGAAGGGGCGUACUUUGUGGCUCAGCUGCUGGCCAACUGCUUCCAGUGUGAGCCAGGGUCCCUGGCAGACAGAGCAAGGGAGAAGGCCCACUGGCUGGGCUGCUUCCAAAAGUUCCUGGCCUACAUGCUACUGUCCGUGGCCUGCUUCCUCCACCCUGUCCUGGUCUGGCACGUGACCAUCCCAGGCUCCAUGCUCAUCAUCACUGGCCUGGCCUACUUCCUGCUAAGCAAGCGGAAGAAGAGGAAAGCUGCCCCCGAGGUGCUGGGCCCCCCGGAGCAGUACACAGACCCCUCCGGCAGCGCCAUGAGUACCACCGGUUCUGGGGACACUGAGCAAACCUAUACCUUUCAUGGGGCCCUCAAGGAGGGGCCCAGCUCCCUCUUCAUCCACAUGAAGAGCAUCCUGAAGGGGGCCAAGAAGCCCAGCCCCCUGCAGGCCCCAGACACCCUGAUGGAGCUGAGUCUGGAGCCGGCUGACUCCCUGGCCAGGAAGAAGCAGGUGCACUUUGAAGACAACGUGGUCCGAAUCAUCCCGUCCCUCACAGAAGGCCUGGACGAGGGGGACAGCGAGCCAGAGGAGACCACCUCCGACACAGCCCCCAUCAUCCCUCAUGCCCAGGCCCCACUCCUCCUGUCUUCUUUCAUGGCCACCGACCUGUUCUGAGCUGCUCCUUCCAGCCUGGGAAGUCUCACUGCAGAGACCCGUGAUCCUGCCUGGAGUUUCCUGAUGUCCUCGGGCCCUCCAGGGAGCUUAGGGUCUUCACAGGUCAGCUCCUUACAGGGUGACCAGACAUCCUCGAGGCAGCUGGCCUCCGGGGCCACUGGAAGGUGUAACAGCCCCAGGGCUGGCAGAGGCCCAGAGGGAGGCACAAACAAGGCAGGCACCAAUGGGGCCAGCCCGGCUCCUCCCUCCUGUGCCACCUGUGGGGAAUCCCUGUUUUUCCCGAAGAGAACAUCACUCCCACUUCACACAGGCUACAGGUCCCACUGCUUCCGCCCCAAAAGGGACGGAGCCUCUGGGCUUCCCUUACUUCUGAUUUGGAGUUCGGCACUCAGCAAGGACCCUAUGGUCCACCCAUCUCUGAUGCCACAAUGCAGCUCUGAAGGCCCAGAGAUGCGUCAGCAGUCUCAGCACCUCAAAGGCUAGCCAUGGCCAUGGGUCCUGAUAUUGUUCACAGAGGGGAGGAGAGGCUGAAAACCCUCAGGGAGGGAGCUGCCAGGCAGUGGGCCACAUUCUCUGCAUGCUCAGGGGCUGGGGCUGACCAGCAGGAGUUAUAGGGCUGCUCAGGGCAACAAUGCCUCUUCUGUGCUCACUACGGGAGAGCCAGGCCAGACGAGCACAGAUCUUCCCAGAAGCACAGCUGGGUGGGGGGGGGUCCCUGCAUCCCCCCCACAUGGCCCUGUCCAAGAUUCCAAGUUGAUGAUGCAAAGCGACAUACCGAAAGCCUGUGACAAUCUUCAGCUGUAAAUGCCAGAGCACCGGAAGCAGUGAGUGCCCACUGUGUGCAGGACCAGAGGCAGUAACUCAAAGGGUCACAUACCACAGAGCAGUGGCCCUGAUAUGCUUAGGUGCCUGUAGAAGAAUAGAUGGUAAAUAUAUGUUUAUUCAAAAUGGGAGGGAAGAAGUGCUGGGCAGAGGAAAGGGCUGCAGGCAAGUUCUCUGCUGUGGGGCUACAGAAGCGACAAUUAACCCAGAAUGAACAAAGAAAUAGGAAUUAUAUAUUCUCUGUGAAAGGAUUUGCAAUAUAGUUCCUACUUUUUAAAAAAAGUGACCUUUGGAAGAGCAGAUGCUAUUCCGUGUAGGCAACUGCAGGGAAUGCGCAAUCAGAAGGAAGGAUCCUGCCGCUCCCCAGGCCGAGUGAGUGAGCUGAUACCAGGGCUCUGGGGAAGGAGUUCAGACCAUACUUUUUCUUCACACUUUAGAUGGGACAGUUGUGUCUGUUCUCAGACACUCUUCAACAUCCUUCACAGGUUAUUUUUCAAAGGUGAGGAAAUAACGGCCAGCCAGAAGUUGGUAUCAGUCUGGGACCUAAAUCCAGCAGAUGUUCUUAGCAAGCAGAGCUUUGCCUGCAAGAACCCAGAUCUUCUCUCAAAUCAAAUGACAAGUGGCUAACAAAUUCAUUCCUGUAAGCCUUCAAAGGUGAGAGCUAUAGAGUUGUUCUGUAGCUGCCCCGGAGGCAGGACCUCAGGCUAUGAUAGUCCAAAGUCAGAGAAGAGUGAACAACAUGGGGAUAGGUGGACAGGGACCAUGCCCCAUUCCUGACGGGCUGGGAGCCAGGAGAAGGGUAAUGUGAUGGCCACAGAUGCCCACAUGGCAAGAAUGUGGCCAGCCUCAGGAGCUGGAUGUUCCUGAGCUUCAGAGCAGGUCCAUACGCGGAACCCCAAGCCAGCAGAGCUGGAUGGCCAGGUCAUAAGAAGCAAACCUAAGAGUGUGGAGUCAGAGCUGUCAGAUCCUGUUUAAUAAACACUCUGUACAGCUAAGUGCUAGAGUGUUAUUUGUGGAAGGAUGUGUCUCAGAGGUGAGGGUGCAUUGGGAGUUCCUGUGAUAACCUGCAGAUGAUUCUGACACGUCAGGGCUUCCUGGUGACAUCACCAGUUAAGGGAGAGUCUGCUGGUGGGCAGCAUCAGAGGACAAUGAUUAUCUUACCCAGGUUGGUAACGUAAACCUCUCAAACAUUCUUCCAGCUAUCAAAAAUAAAAAAGACUGGAAUGAGAUCAUUAAAUAGACCUGAACCUUCACCGUCAGGACACCCAGCAUGGAAGUGGUGCCACCUUAUAAGCCGAUGAGAACCACAUGUCUACAACCACAUCCUUAUCCAUAGUAUCCCAGCACAGCAAAUGGAAUCAUCCUCAUCCUUGCUGAAAAACCCAGACCACAAGAGCUGACCCUGUCGCAGCCCUCCUCACUCUGAGCAGAAAGCAGAGCAGACACGCUGCAGACACAGAAGGGAGCAGCUGGGCAUAGGUAGAGCACCAGGCUGUUCAAUCUGCCACGGACACGAUGCUGGUGAACCUUGGCUAAGCCCCUUCACACCUCUGGUUCAGGAUCCCCUAUCGUGUGGGAAUUACAGCAAUGACCCACAAGAUAAGGGGAAAGUGAUAUUCAGAUAACAAAUCACAAGUUAUUACAAGUGCACUGCAUCCCUGUUACUGCAGGUGCCUCGCCAUGAGGAAACACCACCUGAGUUGUGUUAGGGCAAGGUCAAGCUGGUACAAGAGUUCCUUUCUCAAUCUGAGCCUGGGGAAUCCAUCCCCCAACCUAGACGAAAACCAUAGUGGACCCCACAGUCACAAGAAGCCACACCCUGGGAGUCACACAGUAUGUCUUCUCCCUCUGUCCCAUCAGCUCCAAGAUGGUAUUCUAUAUUUAGUUUUCUUAAAUAUAUUUAUUGUGAUAUAAUUUAUACAAGGUCAGAUAGCCAUAAAAAGUGCUACAUACCUCACUGCUGAAUAUCACUAUGGUCACCUUUGAAGUACUCCCCUUGGGGAGCUGUACAUGGACAUCAGUGCCUAGUCCACUCUUUAAAGCAAUUUUGGAACUCUUUUUCUGAAACAGCCAUCAGAGCUAUCCUUAUACAAGGUCUGACAAUUAAGUUCAUGAACUCAUCCUAGAAGAAGCGCUACAGACCUCAUUGCUGACCAUCACUAUGGUCACCGGAUGGCCAAGGGGAGGAAGGAAUACUUGGAAGGUGAUCAUAGUAAUAUUCACCAAUGAGGUAUGCAGCACUUCAUCUAGUACGCAAACUUAAUUACCAGAACUUGUCUACCAUAAAAUUCACCAAUUCAAAGCAUACAGCUACCUUGUUUUUAGUACAUUCAUAAUCUAAUUUCAUUACAAUCUAGGUUCACAUUUUCAUUACCCCAAAAAAGAAACUCAGCCCAGUACCGAAGAGCAGUCAUGCCCCACCUCCCAUUCCCUUCCCUAAGCAACCACCAAUCUACUUUCUGUCUUGGUAUAUAUGUUCCUAGUCUAGGCAUUUUAUACAAAUGGGAUCAUAUAAUAUGUGGUCUUUUGUGACUUUGUUCAUUUAGCAUGCUAUUUUUGAGGUUCAUCCAUGUUGUAGCACAUAUCUUUAUUUCAUUUCUUUCCGGGCUGAGUAUUCCAUUGUAUGGAAAUACUAUCUUGUGUUUAUCCAUUCAUCCAUUGAUAAACUUUGGAGGUGUUUCCACUUUGUGCCUAUAAUGAAUAAUGCUGCUGAAAACAUUGUGUACACACUUUUGCGUGGACAUAUGUCCUUAUUUCUCUUGGGUGUACACCUAGGGGUGGAAUUUCUGGGUCAUGUGGCAACUCUGUGUUUUACUUCUUGAGGAACUUCCAAGCUGUUUUCUAAAGGGUCUUCUCUAUUUUACAUUCCCAUCAGUUUCUUAUUUCCUUGCCAACACUUACUAUUGUAAAUCUUUUUUAUUAUAUUCAUUUAUCCAUUGUGAUUUUUAUUUGUAUUUCCCAAGUGACUGGUGUUGAGCAUCUUUUUACAUAAUAUUGGACUUUUAAUAUCUUAUUUGAUAAGUGUCUAUUCAAAUACUCUGCCUGUUUUUUAAUCAUGUUAUUUGUCUUUCUUGUUUUGAGUUGUUAAUAUAUUCUGGAUACUAGACCCUUAUAAGAUACAUGCUUCACAAAUAUUUUUUUCCAUCCUGUGAGUUCCCUUUUCACUUUCUUGAUAGUAUCCUUUAAAGCAUAAAAAAUUUAAUUUUGGUGAAAUCCGAUUUAUCUUUUUUUUUCUUUUGUUUCUUGUUCUUCUGUGGUCGAAUCUAAGAAAUCAUUGCAUGGCCAAAUGGCAUGAAGAUUCAUUCUUAUACAUUUUCAAGUGUUUUGUAAUUUUAGCUCUUACACAUAGAUCCAUGAUUAAUUUUGAGAUAAUCUGUCUGUGUACUGUAAGGUGGAAUCCAACUUAAUUAUUUUACAUAUGGACAUCCAGUUGUUACAGCAUUUGUUCAACCAGUAGACAUUUCAUUUGUUAAAUCAAAUUGUCUUGACAUCUUUACCAAAAGUGAACAAGCCAUAAAUGUAUUUAUUUUUAACCAUGCAACUCUUGUUCCAUUGAUUUGUUUAUCUUUAUGCCAUUGCCACACAGUUUUGAAUACUGUAGCUUUGUAGUAAGUUUUGAAACCAGGAAGUCUAAGCUCUGGCCCCAAACUUGUUCUUUUUUAAGAUUGUUUUGGCUAUCCAGGGUCCUUUGCACUUCCAUUAUGAAUUUUAGGAUCAUUUUGUCAAUUUCCAAGAAAAAAAACAAGCUGAGAUAUUAAUGGGGAUUUAUUUGCUUUGACUAUAAGUAAUUUGGAGGAGUAUUUCAUCUUAACAAUAUUGAGUC